GGAGGGGCGUGGUAAACAUACAGUCUCGCUUUAAGAGUUUACAACCUCACAAUCAUUCCCAGACUCCGGCUUCUACGUGUGUGACUAAAGACUAGAGAAUGUACUGAAAGUCAGUUUCGGACGUUUUAGUGCGAUUUGAAAAAAAGGCGAAGCGGUAUUUUCUUCCUUAUCCCCCCUUCAAGACAGACCAGUUUGGACUCUACCGACUUACCGCAAUAAGGUGGGCUUACCCCAAGUUUGAAUUGACACACGAGUCUCAACCCGAAAGUAACUUCGUGAGGCUAGAGGACUUUAUAGCCACAGCUGGGACAAAUUUUCUCUUCAUUUGAAAAGAAAGGAUGUAUCGAAACUUUGGGAAUCAAGGACGAGGCAACCCGGCCUACUCAGGCAGCAGCUCUGGGUCAAACACCGGAUCACACACCAGCACCACAACUACACAACAGGAGCAGAAAUUUGCCAUAGCAGGCAGCAGCCAGUUUGUACCAAGCCUCAAUGCCAUCACAUCCAGCCAGGACCUCCAGUGGCUGGUCCAACCCUCCCUUAUGCAUUCACCGGGCCCUUCAAGAUCACCAGUACCUCCUUACCCAACCCUCUCUGGGGCCCGGGCGAUGGGUCCACCACCUUCCCAGUCCCAGCUUCUCAGACCAGGGGUCAUAAGAGCAGCUGCAAACACUACAGCUUCAACAAGGCGCAGAAACGAUGAACAUUUAUCCCAUGAAGAGAUGGAAAGACGCAGAGUAAGAAGGGAGCGGAAUAAAUUGGCUGCAGCAAAAUGUCGCAAUCGCCGACGGGAGCUCACAGACUCACUGCAAAAUGAGACUGACCAGCUGGAGGAUGAAAAAUCCCGUUUACAGAAGGAAAUAGCUGAAUUACAAAAGGAGAGAGACAAGCUUGAGCUUGUCCUGGAAGCUCACCGUCCCAUCUGUAAAAUAGAGGAUUCCGAUUCAGAUUCUGACCCAAGUCCAUCAAUUUCCUCUUUGCGAGGCGUCAAAAUGGAGCAGGAGGACUCCAGCAGACCUGGAACCUCAACCAAACUUCCAACAAAGAUGGAGAAACCCAAACCAAAGAUAACUCUCCCCACCAAGCCUGUGACAUCAUCGGCCUCUGCUGUUGCCACUGAAUCAGAGUCGCUCCACACCCCGAUUCUCACAUCCACUCCCUCGCUAAUGGCAUUCACAGCCGGUAUGGUUUUCACUUAUCCCUCUGCCUCUUUAGACACCAGCGCCUCCAUCACGUCCCAUGCUACAUCACAUCAGGGAAAUGUCCAACAGUCUCAUGCCCCACAGCCCUGUGGGAUAGCUCAUCGCCGCAGCAGCAGCAGUGGUGACCAAUCAGAUCACUCCCUGCACUCCCCGACUAUCCUCACAUUGUGACUGACGGCCCUGUGAUCCUGGCAAAACACUAAUGUUCAUUUCAACGUAGUCCAUGUCUGUGUGUGUGUGUGACAAAAAGGAUCUCUGGGAAACCUGACGGAAAUGAAAACGAUGAUUGUAAUAACCAUUUCAAAAUGAACUAUGUGCAUCUGCUUCAUUUAAUAUCUUUAGAAAAAGUAUUCUUUUUAUUAUUAGAUAACACAUAAAUUAGUGGCAUUAUCAGGAUAUGAAUGUUACACUCUUUUUAGAUUUGAUAUAAAUAUAGACUUUAUAUUUUAAAAGCUAUGAGGUAGAAUGAGUAUGUUUGAGGUGAAGAAUUGCAUGCACAAUAUAUUCUCAACAAAAGCCUUUUACAAAUAACUGAUAACACCAUCUAAUGAUAGAUAAAAAUAAUAUUUAUAAUAAUUAUACUUUACAUUAUGUUGCAUUUAAUGACUUGUUACAUUUUUAUGUCAUGUUAUGUAACACUUUAUAAAUGUCCUCACCAAGGCAUAUAGAGAAUUUAUUGUUUUUUUUUCUAUAUGAAUCUUAAGAAUUCUAAUAUAGUCUAUGCAAAUCAUUGACCACUAAGGCUGGGCCAUAGGAGUUGAUAUAGAUUACAUGAUCACAUAUUUAUUUUUUAAGAGUGUAAUAUAUUUUUGAUAAUGUUUUAAUUUUCUGUGGCAAUUGAACUGUUAUGGUGGGCAGUGCCUUACUUUUAACUUUUGUCAAAGCUGUACUACUUCACAGAUAAUAAAGAACAAAUGUUCAUAAAUGUGUGGAAAUUGUAAUGAUGUAAUAUUAUUGGUAAAAAAAAAAAAAGAAAAAAAAAGAGGAUGAGUAAACAACUUAAAAACAACAGAUUCAUCAGAUUCUGUUGAGAACAGAUCAUUUAAAGUGUGCAAAAAAGAUUUUUGUAAACUGAAUGCUGAGACACCAGAUUAACCCAAACUGGAAUAUAAAUACUGUAGGCAUGAAACACGGAGGCGAUCAACUGAUGAUUAGUUAUCAUAGUUGAUUAACUGUUUCAUGCAUUUAAUCAAGCAAAAUAUUCUCUGGUUGCUGCUUUUCCAAAGUGAGGAUUUGCUGCUAUUCUGUGUUUUGUAUCCAUGUAAAGUGAAUAUCUUUGAGUUUUGGACCUUUGGUCAUAAAAAAAACAAAAAAACAAGCAAUUUGAAAACUUUACCUUUGACUCUUAGAUAUUAUAAUGGGCAUAUUUCAUUAUUUUGUGACAUUUUACAGAUUAAAUGAUUAAUUGAGAAAAUAAUAACCUAUUUUUGAAAAAUAAAAUACUGACAAACUAAUGACCACUCUAUGCCCAUCAACUGUGAACACUGUGUCCUCUGUUACUCCAUUUCCCAAAAAUGAAGCGAAUCUCUUGCUAAUACAUACAUGGCUCAGAGGGCAUUGGAUCACUCUGUGAAAAUGGGGUUAGAGAGAGAUAUAGAGAUGGAAAAAGAGUCACAUUGAGAGCUAGAGAGCACGAGGGAGAAAAAAAUCACUGUAUGAUUCUGCUGUCAAAGGACGUCUGUGCAUCACUAAGUGGGUGAAAGCA